AAUCGAUCAUGACGAAGGCUAAGGUACGGGCACUCGGCUUCUGCGGCGCCGACGACUCCGUCGACCCGAAGCUUCUACAGAUCAUCUCGACGCACUACCCGUGGGUUGAGUGGGGAGUACUCUUUCGUCCGGAUCUUGAAGGCACCCCGCGGUAUGCAUCUUCUGCAUGGGUAUCAAACCUAGCAGCGUUGCAGUCAACCAGCUCCCCGCCGAUGAAGCUUGCUGCUCACCUAUGUGGUUCUCGGUGCCAGGAAGUUCUCUCUGGUGAUGCGCAGUUCGUCAAGGACAUCGCGAAAAUGGGGUUCCAACGAGUUCAGAUUAACGCUACGGCAGCGAACCGGGUGCAGGUCGACCUGGCUCGUACCUCGGAUUACGUCCAAGGCAUUCUCACGUGCAUGCGGGAAGCCCCUGACGUGGAGUGGAUCGUCCAAACCAAUCAAGAAACCAAACCUCUCUGGACAGCUCUUCUCGCCACGCCACCUCCAAACAUGAGCAUUCUGUUUGAUGCUUCCUGUGGCUUGGGAGUGCCCAUGACAGAAUUUCCCAAGCCGUUCGACACUGUCCUGUGCGGGUACGCGGGCGGCAUCUCCCCCACAAAUAUAGUGCAAAUGCUGGCGCGCAUUGGCGAAGCGAGUGACGGGCGUCCUGUGUGGAUCGACAUGGAGUCUAGUCUCCGCCGCAUUGUUCGUGGCCCCGACGGCGUUGAGUUGGAUUCCUUCAGCAUCGACGUGUGCUUUCGAUGCAUUCAGUCGUCACUUUCCACAUUCGAAGGAUAGCUGAACAAUCCAAGAAUAUUACGAAAAUGCUCAAUAUUUUAGACAUCACCAAAAAUAUCAUCCGGAAAACGUUUAUCCGAAAGAUUCAUCUUUG